UAUAUUUAUAUUGCUACUGUUUGUAGCAUUUAGACCUUAGACACAAUUUAAUUGUUAAUUAAUUAAUAUGCGAAACUAAAGUCCGGACGCCACGGGAACAUUUUAGCCGAUAUAUCGAUGUUUAUAAAUGUAGCAUAGGUAGCACUUUUAGCUACAAGUCGAUCAGUCAUACCGAAAGUUCACGUUAGCAUAACGUUACCUCAUGGAGAGGAGGAGCUAGCGACCAUGAGAUUAGCUCAGCGGUAAUGAGAAGUCUUACUAACACCAAUAUGAGCUAACACCAAGUGAUAUGUAGAUUAAUGUGAUUAUAUCUUUGUAGUUGUAUUUAUGCCUGUCACAAUGUCUGCCCUGUAUCGAUGCAUUCUGUUCAACCGUGUUUCCAAGCUGAAAACAGGGGUGACACAGGUCAAGAGAUUUGGAUAUAACAUGAAUGCGCCUCCUCCACAGUGGACGACACCUGACAGUCUCCUUAGAGUUGGAAACACAGCCAUAACACAAAUAACUAACCUACGUACUAUGGCUAACAAGUCACGGAGGCUCAGUUUUUCUUGUUCAAGGUGUCUGUCGACUUCAACUGAGAAUGGAGCAGCUCGAGUGAAGAGAGUUUCUAUCGAGGGCAACAUUGCUGUUGGAAAGUCGACCUUUGCAAGACUCUUACAGUCAGCUUGUCCAGACUGGGAGGUGGUGGCAGAACCUGUCAGCAAGUGGCAGAAUAUUGAAAGUGGGACCUCGAAGGGGACAGACACGUCCCCUCAGAAGACAGUCAGCAACCUGCUGCAGAUGAUGUACCAGGACCCUCAGCGCUGGUCGUACACAUUUCAGACAUAUUCCUGCAUGAGCCGGCUGAGGACGCAGCUGCAGCCUCCUCCAGCUCGCCUCCUCAGCUCAGAGGGAACACCUGUCCAGGUGUAUGAGCGCUCCAUCUACAGCGACAGAUACAUUUUCGCCCUGAACAUGUUUGAGCUGGGUUGCAUCAACUCUACAGAGUGGGCAGUGUACCAGGACUGGCACUCCCUCCUGGCAGACCAGUUUGGACACCAGGUGGAGCUGGAGGGCAUCAUCUACCUCAGAGCCCCUCCAGAGAAAUGUAUGGAGCGUCUGGAGCGUCGGGGAAGGGCAGAAGAGAAAGGAGUGAAACUGGACUAUCUGGAUAAGCUGCACGUUCAGCAUGAGAAGUGGCUCGUUGAGAAGACCACUGAAAUACAUUUUGAGAAGCUGAAACGGAUACCAGUGUUACAACUCGAUGCCAGUGUGGAGUUUCAGAGUGACCCGGAGGUGCAGGAGGAAUUUAUAACAAAGAUGAAGAACUUCUUCAAUGCUUUGUGAGAAGAUUGUCAUCAGCUACCGUCAGCAGUGGGGAACAGAUGAGUCCAGACAGACCUCAGUCAGUCAACUGUGUUAACUGACCUGUAACUACAGAUGAGCCUCUCAUACACUGAAGAAAAUAAAACACAAUAUAAAAUGCUCUCUUUUUAAUAAGCUGCAGGACCAUACUACAUCUGUACAUCAAUGUGUUACCUCUGAAAAGACUUUUAGAUUGUCACUUUUUUUCUUCAACAUUUUGUUUGCAUGUUUAUGUUUUUUAAAUUCAGUUGCUAGCUAAAGUUACUUCUUAUAUUGUCAUGUUUAUUCACUUCCAUCAAAACUAAGUCAGUGCUAUCACUGCUGGGACCAUCUGGAAACACAUUUACUGAGCAUCAGAGUUUUUGUGUAUGUUACUGCUUUACACAUUACUGACAGACAAGAGCAAGCUAAUAGGACAACUAUAAUAUUUGUUGUUUGUUUAUGAAUAAAAACGUAUUCCUUUUUAA